AUGGUUCGAACUGGACUUUUGGUCCGGUUCUUUGUGGUUCGGUCCAUGGUUCCCUCACCAGCCAGAACCGGACCGGAAAGCAGUUCUGGGUUCUGGACCUUCACUAGUGGUCCGGUUCUGGUUCGACUUUCCCGAACCUUCCCGAACCAUUCCUUGACCUUCGAAUUCCCUCGACUUCGACACCAACCACGACGACGUCGAUUUGCAUUAUUUGUUAAUCAGGCUACUGUUAGCCUUUUUUAAAUAUCUACUUGUUCUAGUCUAUAUGCUUCCUGGAUAGUCAUGAUCCUCCACCGGUUCUCAACUCUAACAGAUCUCCUUGGAUAUUGUCGCUCUGUGGUGUUAGG